UCACUUGAUUACUAGUGUUUAUAGAUCGAGGUAGUUGUGUUCGAGCGGCUGAUACGACGACAUGUUACUUGUACAAGUUGUUUUUUGUACUGUGUUGUACAUGUUUAGCAGUGAAUGUUUGGAGUACCAUGGCCGUCUGUCGCGAGCCUGUGUGCAGGAAUACUACAACAUGUUCAUUACGAGGCAGAUACCGCUGCGGACCUACAAAUACUACCACGAGGACCUCGUCCCAGAGGCUUUCGAUUACAACUUACUAGCACCUCAGGAACUUAGUUUUGGUUGGAGAAUAGUGGGCGGAAAGCUGGUGGAUAUAACUGAUGUGCCAUUUCAAGUGCUAUACGGCAGAUACUGUGGGGGAACCCUGCUCGCACCAAACUGGGUCCUCACCGCAGCACAUUGUGGAGAACGAGACAACCUCGUAUUUGCCGGUUCAACUCAAAGCUCAAUCGCCCUGGGCUAUCCCAUCUGCUCCCACUUCACUCACCCACUCUGGAACAACUCUGGUCUCCACAAACAUGACUUCGAUUAUCAGCUUCUGCUUCUGGAGCGACCCAUACCAGUCUCAGCAAACGCUCGGCCAAUUGCCAUUGGUUCUCCACAAGAUAUUCAAACUGGUUUGAUGAUUGGUGUGAGUGGGUGGGGCCACUUGCAGUAUAAGAAAAGUCGUAUGCAAGAUGUUCUUCGGCGCGUGUACGUCCCAAUAAUGUCUGCUGAGGAAUGCAAGACCAUGCCAGAUGGAAACUAUGGAAACAUCACACCCAGAAUGUUCUGCGCAGGAUACAUCAAUGGAACUAAGGAUUCUUGUCAGGGCGAUUCAGGAGGGCCAGCGGUGCUCAAUGGAAAACUAGUGGGCAUCGUGUCAUAUGGGGUGAGGUGUGCGGAAGCUCGACAUCCGGGUGUCUACAGCAACGUACCUUUAGCACGGGAUUGGAUACGGGCGAUAACAGGCCUUCCGUUAUAAUAUAUACUUGUAUAUCUAAUUACUAUAAUUCUGCGCGCGAUCAGAAUGGCUUGCGACCUUAUGAACAUGAACAAUGUGCAACAUAUCCGAGACGAGCAGGACGUUCAGCUGAUGGUAAUUGAUACGCCCUGCCUUUUACAAUGCAAUGUACCCCAAAAAUUCUGAGCGGCACUACAACUGCGCUCGUCACCUUGAGACAUAAGAUGUCAAUUCUCAUUUACCCAGUAAUUUCAUUAGCUACGGCGCCCUUCAGACCAAAACACAGUAAUGCUUCCAUAUUACUGCUUCACAGUCGAAAUAGGCGCCGUUGUGUUACCUAUAAUCUAGCCGGCAUCUGGUGCAAAAAAGCCUCCCACUAGUAUUACGAUGGAACUAUUCUAUUUUCUGACCGUCUGCAAAAAAGCUCAUGCGAGACAAUUUUGGCUCUUUUUAAUGUUGCGUACUUCUAAACGAAAAAACAAACCCCCAUUAUUAGACUUCUGUUUGUUCUUUUGCCCGUCUAUCUGCAUAUUAUGACGCUUUAAGACCGUUUUUAAGUAGCUCCGGCGUAAAAGCGUGAGAAACAAACUUAUAUUCACAUUUGAAAAUAUUAGUAGGAAUCGGGAUUUUCGGUACUGAACUUUAAUAAGCAUGUCGCGUUAAUUGUUCUAUUUUUGUUUAUAAAGAACGUUUUUUGUCAACUCUACUUCUAUUGAGAACCACCAUUUUAAUUUAAAUUGACAAGGUUCCAUCCCAUUCUGAUGACGCGUCGAUUCGUCUUCCAAAGAUAUUUUAUUUAUUUGUAUACAAAUCUAGAAUUUUGCAAUAAAAAAAUUAUUGUAUGUCAAGUUUAAUCAACGUUUUUAUUUUACUUUUGAUAACUUAUUAAUAUUAUUAUUUUAAAAUACAUUAUAAUUAAUU